CUUCUGCCCAUUCAGUUGGGUUCUAACGGCUUGAAUCUCACUGAAGCGAAUCAUGUCCUCCUCAUCGACCCGGUGCUGAGUCACGGCCGGGAGACGCAGGCUAUUGCUCGCCUCCAUCGGAUUGGUCAGACCAGGUCUUGCCUCGUGCACCGCUUUAUUGUGCGAGACAGCAUCGAGAUGGCCCUGCACUCUUUUCACUCGCGUCUGCCAAUAGCUUCGGAAACUGACUGUAUGGUCGGUGCCGGUGCCCGUCGGUCCAGUUCCCAUGCCAGCGGGACCGCUGGGCCUGGAGAGGAUCGCGCUCAACUCCUUCAGAUGACUGUUGGCCAGUUGGUGCAACUUCUCAAACUCGACGUGGCCGCUGAUGAUGUAACCGGCGACGGGGAGCAAAUGGACUGCAUGGCCAUAAACCCAAAUGACCCCCUCUGA